AUGCAUGUUUUACAGCGCAAGAGCAACGAUUUCAAGAUAGUGAACGCAGUACUCCACUGCAAGAAAAGUGCUCUACAAUACGUUGUUCUCAAGAACCCUCCAUGCUUUCGCUCGGGGCUUAUGUGGGGUAUUGCCAUGGGAACAGCUCUUGGGGCGCAUCGUUUUCGCAUCACGAGAUCCAUGCGUAAAGCUUGUGACGGAGCUGUGCUUGCAUUUGGACUCAUCGGGAGCGGCAGCUGGUUGUUGUGCACGACUUCGUAUCGCGUUCGUGCGCGACAGACGCGUGAGUUCAUGGAAGCGAUGAAUGAUCCGAAGCGAAAAGCAGAAGCACAAGAGUUUCUACGCUCUCGCGUACAUGCCCCAUCAUCCGACGACGAACAGCACUAA